AUGUCAAAACUUGGCGGAGCCACUGCGAGAGUUGUUAAGGGUGCUCUCAAAGUCAGACCGACCCGAGCCGCUCUAACUUUAACCAACGACGCAGUCAACAGAAUACGUGUUCUACUCGCCCAACAGAAUGAUGCAAAUGCGCUGAAAAUCGGAGUCCGCCAAAAGGGGUGUAAUGGAUUGACGUAUACACUGGAGUAUGCUAGAGAGAGACAAAAGUUUGAUGAGGAAGUUGAGCAGGACGGAAUAAAAGUGUGGAUCGAACCGAAAGCUCAGCUCUCACUUCUCGGCUCCGAAAUGGACUACGUCACGGAUAAAUUGUCUUCAGAAUUCGUUUUUCGAAAUCCGAAUAUUAAAGGGACGUGCGGAUGCGGCGAAUCGUUUAGUAUUUGA